AUGGUCCCAGUUGAGACACUCUCCCGCAACUUUGGCUACCUCAGCAUCUGCUGCUGGCUUUGCGCACAGCUGCCGCAGGUCGUCAAAAACUAUAGGCUCAAAUCAUGCGAGGGGCUGUCACUUCCGUUUCUUGUGACCUGGCUCCUGGGUGAUGUCGGGAACCUCGUGGGAUGUGUCUUGACAGAUCAAUUACCCUUCCAAACCUACCUGGCAGCCUACUUUUGCCUUGUCGAUCUCUCGCUGCUCUAUCAAUUCUUCUACUAUCGUGCCAAAUUCCAAAUACACCAUCCUGCCGCCCUCACCUCUCGAGAUAGUUAUAUUUUCACUCCUGGAAUCACUCAAUCUCUCAUAUUACCUCCAGCUCCUCCCUCCUCCCCACAUCUACGCACCACGACCUUGCCUGAUGGUCGUCCGAGAAGGCACGUGAGGACAUACACUGAACCAAUUUACAGUCGGACGGAUGAGCAUGCCGCAGUGUAUGCUGCCGUCCUUGACGUCGCUCGAGCUGCCAAGCGAGCGAGUAGGACACGGAGUAGAUCACGGCGGCCGAACAGUCAGAUGCACGAUUCCAUCAUGUCGGAUGCUUCGGGUCGAUCCUCCUCGACUAUCGAAUCCCUGCGACACAUGUCUGCUUCUUCUCCGAAUCUGGUGGAUACUCGUGGACGGAAUAUGAGACGGACGGCGGGAAUCACCAUGUCGGCUGCUCAUCCUGAGGAUCAAGAUCCACCCCGGGAAGGUGGCGCCACUCGUGAUCCAAGUAGAAGCAUCAGUGUGGCUCGAAAUUCCGAGGAUAGAAAUCGAGGUCGACGGAAAGCAGGCGUGGCCUUCAUGGCUCUUGGCUGCCUGUUCACAUUGCGGCAAUUGUCCUCAGUAUCCGAUGGCAUAGUCCUUAUACAACAUCCCGAUCAUCCUCCACCACCCCCACCGCCUAGCUUUCAGCAUGUCGUUGGUCGACUGUCUGCGUGGGCCUGCACCACUUUAUACCUUUCUUCUCGUCUCCCUCAAAUCUGGAAGAAUUUCACACGGCGGUCUGUCGAGGGACUCUCCAUGUACUUGUUCCUCUUCGCAUUUCUGGGGAACACUUUCUAUGUGAUCUCUAUCCUCGUCAACCCUGGCGCGAGCAAUCCAUCCGAAAGUACACACUAUCUUCUGGAGGCCUUGCCGUGA